CCGGCGCGCGCUAGUAUGUUAUGUAUGUUUUCUCAUCGUUAUCGUGAUCGAAUUCUUUAGCUUCAAACUAGUUAUACGGAAAAUUCAGUCAAUAAGCCUCUUUCGAAUCUAACGCUUGUCAGACUUUUAUUCGCUAAGAAUCAUUUCAUAACUAUCGUAGAUUAAAAUAUUUACUUAUUGUUUUGGAAUUAAUGUAGUUUACAUAAUUAGCCUGUCUUGUUGGUCGGGAAACUUGAGAUUGGCCACCGACUACAAUUAUUCUGUACUGCUCCGUACAGUUGUCAAGCGAAAAUAAAGUAACAAUUUACCGUAAAUUUACCGAAUAGCCCAUUUGUUUAUUUGUGUUUUUAAAAUAACACCACGGUUAUUUUUUCAUAAUAGUCCUACAUGCGUAGGUGAGUAUUAAAGACGCUUUGACCGCGCCCGCUGCCGGUGACCAUGACGCGACCUGCUUCCAGAAUAGCUCUCGUCGCGCGGGCUGCGGGGGCGGGCGGCGGCUCGUGUCGCCAGUCGCCACUCGCCAGAGAUGCGCUUAAAUUUAAGUUCGAUAUUUCGAUUCAUAUUUAAUGUCUCUUACUAAGUAUGUUUCUUACAAAUUUUUUAGAGGAAUCAUUAGAAUAACCCGAUACAGCUCGCGUUCAUAUUGGCAACAUCAGAGUCAGAUCAAAUGUUGCUAAUCAUAAAUUCUACAAGUACACUUUAAUUCCUUUUUUUGUUUCUUUUAUCGAUAUAAUAAUCAAUUCUAAUUAACGAAACACUAACUUUUAAAUCUCUAACCGAGACAAUCCCCGGCGACCGCGUGCGCUUGACGCGCGACGUACUCGUUAGUCUGGCCCUGCGCCGUGCGCCGUGCAUCGUGCGCCGUCAUGUGUUCGAGCGACCACAACGUUUGCGUAGUGUUGUUAUUGUUAUUUUUGCGGACUUACGAUGCGCAGACACUUCAAAUAGGUGUGGUGGAAGCUCGACCGGAAAUCGCAGUGAAGCUGGUAGCGGCGGUCAACGCUGUGCUGCGUGAUCACGAUGGAACGCUGUUGGAGGUACCUGCACCCGUGGAGCCGCAGGAGCCUCUCGCUGAGCCCGGACAAAUAUGUUUACAAGCCGGUCAAGGCGCAACCGCUGUCGUCGGUGGCAGCGCAGGCGCAGACGCGGCGGCGCGCGCCGGUCUGGCUCUGCUCCUCGCCGAACCAGCGCCCGAGAACCGACACUUAUCGUCUGCACUCGAACUAUAUCCGCACUUAGAUGUUCUCGCUCGGGCGUGUGCGGCUCUAUGCGAGGCCAAGGACUGGCAAAACGCCGUGGUGCUGCACGAGGGGAGUGCGCGCGUGGCACCGCGCCUGGCGCCCGACAUCGACGCGCUGGCGCUGCGAGCGCGGCAGUUGCCGCCGCCGCAUGAUGACAAUGCGCUCAGAAACCUGCUCCUGGUUCUCAAGAAGUUGGGCGCCAUAAACUUCAUAGUGUGGUGUGACGCGGAGUGCAGCGUGCGCGUGUUGGACGCGGCGCAGCGCGUGGGGCUGCUCGCCGACCGGCACUCCUACGUGCUGACCGCACUCGACCUGCACACGCUGCCGCUCGCAGACUACAGCUAUGGGGGCGCGAAUAUUACUGGUUUGCGUAUCUUUAACGCGGAAUCCAGUAAAGUGUCGAAAGCGAUGGGUGCCUGGCGGGAGGAGUACGUUAAACAACUCGGCGAAACCGGCAACGAAGAAGAAAUCGCCAAUAUCGCGGACAACCCUCCGACAGCAGUCCUCCUGACGUACGAUGCGGCUACAAUCGUAGCGAAGGCGAUGAAAUACCUCGACCUACCGACGGACGAACCCGGCUCCUGCGAACACGGAGCGGCCUCCUUUCACGCCGACACACUUCUAAAUUAUUUGCGUUCGGAAAAGUGGGAAGGUGUGAGCGGGCCGCUGGUGUGGGAGGCGGGUGGUGAGAGGCACGAGGUGCUGCUGCAGGUGACGGAGCUGGAGCGUGGUGGGAGGCUGGCACCCGUGGCUUCGUGGGCGCCGCACACCGGCCUGGCUUGGCUCCCGCGAGCGCUCACGCCGUCACCACCCGGUGGCCUCAUGACCAACCGCACCUUCGCCAUACUCAUUGCCAUGAAUAAGCCCUACAUAAUGAAGAAACAAUCUUCAGAUCGUCUCUUUGGUAACGAUCGAUACGAAGGUUUCUGCAUUGAACUCAUCGACCGGCUGUCGAAGCUGCUGCACUUCAACUAUACGUUCGUGGAGCAGAUGGACGGCGCGUACGGCGUUCGCAACAAGACCACGAAUCAAUGGAACGGCAUGAUGCGGCGUCUCAUGGAUGAUCCCGAUAUACAGUUCGCGGUGACGGAUCUGACCAUAACGGCGGAGCGCGAAGAGGCGGUGGACUUCACCACGCCCUUUAUGAACCUCGGGAUCAGUAUCCUGUUCCGAAAGCCGCAGCAGCCGGAGCCCGCGUUGCUAGCCUUUCUCUUGCCUUUCUCUAACGGGGUAUGGUUGUGUCUGGGGUUAGCGUACUUGGGCACGUCACUAGUGCUGUACGUGGUGGGGCGACUAUGCCCCGACGAGUGGCAAAACCCCUACCCGUGCGUGGAGGAACCGCCGGCUCUCGAGAACCAGUUCACGCUCGCAAAUGCACUCUGGUUCAAUCUCGGCGCCGUGCUGCAACAGGGCUCGGAAAUAGCGCCAGUCGCGUACGGUACACGUGCGGUGGCCAGUUGCUGGUGGAUAUUCGCACUCGUGAUCACCAGCUCUUACACGGCCAACCUAGCCACGCUGCUGGCGACCAAGUCAUCUACGGAGCUCAUCAAAAACGUGCGCGAUCUCGCCGAAAACGAUCAGGGCAUCACAUACGGGGCUAAGGCCGGCGGGUCGACUUAUACGUUUUUCGAGCUUUCCGAAAACGAGCUCUACCAAAAAAUGUUCCAGAAAAUGAAAGAACAGGAAAUGCCUAAGAGUAACGAGGCCGGCAUUCAGAAAGUCAUGACCGACAAAUAUGCAUUUUUCGCCGAGUCUACCACAAUUGAGUAUACAGUGGAGCGCAACUGUGAAGUUACUAGCGUGGGGGAUCUUCUAGACAGUAAAGGUUACGGAAUUGCAAUGAAAAAGAACUCAGAAUACCGUCAGUCUCUGAACUUGGCGCUGCUGAACCUGCAAGAAGCGGGCGUACUGCGCGAGAUGAAGUAUCGCUGGUGGAAGGAGAUGCACGGCGGCGGCGCCUGCCAGCCGUCAAAUGAUUACGAAAGCGAGGAACUGUCCCUGGACAACUUCAUGGGACUAUUCCUCGUGCUGGUGGUGGGUUGCGCCCUAGGCGUGGUGGUGUCCUGCUGCGACCUCGCGUGCACCGCGUGGCGGCACCCGCGCGACCCCGAGCGCUCGUUCCUCGGCAGCUUCUGGUCCGAGCUUCGCUUCGUGUUCCGCUUCGAGCAGUCGGUGAAGCCCGUGCGCGGCCCGCUCAGCCCCGCGGCCAGCUCGCACGCCUCGCCCUCGGCCUCCACGCCGUCGGCGCGCUCCGGCCGCUCGGACGGGGAGGCGGAGGGCGCGGAGGGCGCGGAGGGCGCGGAGGGCGCGGAGGGCGAGGCGGGCCCGCGGCGGCCGCGCACGGCGUCGCUGCGCUCGGGCCGCGCCAGCGCGCGCCGCUCGUCCAUGCACGCGGCCAGCCUGCGCCUCGCCCGGCACGCCACCUCGCCGACGCCGCGCUGACGUGCUCCUCGGUGCCGUUCCUUCGGUGCCGACACUUCUUCGACAUGAUGAGGCCAAGCUUGUUACUUUGCAAAUUUCGUAUCUGCUUUUCGGUUUAGGAAUAUUGCUGUAUAAAGAUUGAUCUUAUUUUUAUUGUGAAAGACUAUAAGAAAUCUCCAAUCGACGAGGAAAAGGAUACAUCUGACCAAAACGUGAGAAUAAAAACGAUUCGCGAUUCAGGCGAUUCAGUAUUACAAUGAGGCUCAGCGGUGAAGAAAUUAGUUUGUUAAUUACCGUAUUCAAUAAAUGUUAUUGCUGUAUUAAGAGUG